AUGCAAAUUGCCAGAGGAAAGUUUUUGAAGCCUGACUUUAACCUCCAAAAAUGGGGGGUUAAUGUUGUGUAUGAUUUUUCGAUGACUAGAUUUGUGCCACCUGUCUAUACACCAUACCGAAAUUUAGCUGUCAGAAUUGUCUCACGUGUUGCUCUUAUAGCGGAUGACUUCUCUAACAAUCUCAUCAAUCGUGCUUCUGAGCACCCAAAUCGCGCUUCCCAGCGUACAGAUUGUGCUUUUGAGCACCCAUAUCGCCAACCUUGUGUUCUCAGAUCAAGCUUCGUGCUUUCUGAUCGAACUCUUUGUGUUCUCAGAUCAAGUAUCGCGCUUCGUAUAUGGCAAAGUAUUGCAUGCAUCAUUCAAAGUACUCUCUGGUAUGCAGAUGAGGUGAACGGAAGUAAGGCAAUUGCCUUUUGGCUUCCACUUAAAUUAGGGAAUUGCCUUAGUCGCUUUUUCUUCUGUUUUGCAUUUUCAAUAUUAUCAGUCACCAUUGUUUGUUUUACAGAAGCAAAGAGAGGAGGGUUUAGUCUUGAACUAAUCCAUCGUGACUCCCCAAAGUCUCCCAUUUACAACCCAAAACAAACUCACUAUGAACGAGUCUUCAAUGCCAUACGUCGUUCUUUUAAUCAUGUCAACCGAUUCAAUCCAAAUACAGCACAAGCUGAUAUAAUCUCCGACCAUGGUGAGUAUCUUAUAGAUAUUUCAAUCGGUUCCCCACCUUUUCAGAUUCUCGCCAUUGCCGAUACUGGUAGUGAUCUUAUAUGGACACAAUGCAAACCUUGCUCUCAGUGUUUCGACCAAGAAGCUCCUUUUUUCGACCCCAGAAAAUCCUCUACCUACAAACAACUUUCUUGCUCCUCAAACCAAUGUCAAACCCUUGAGGGUUCAUCUUGCUCCGACGACCAAACUUGCCUAUAUUCAGUUUCUUACGGUGACAAUUCCUUCUCACGUGGCGAUCUUGCUAUCGAUACUGUUACUUUGGGUUCAACAUCUAGCCGCCCUGAGAGUCUGCCGAAAACCAUCAUCGGUUGCGGACACCAAAAUGAUGGUACUUUUGAUAAUAAAACAACUGGCAUAGUUGGGCUUGGCGGCGGUGAGGUAUCCCUUGUUACUCAAUUGGGUGAUUCAAUUGGUGGCAAAUUUUCUCACUGCUUGAUUCCAUUGUCAUCCUCAUCAUCAGAGGAUAAUGCUUCAAGCAAACUUAACUUCGGUAGCAAUGGCGUCGUUUCGGGUUCUGGGGUCGUUUCGACUCCUUUGAUUUCUAAAGAACCAAAAACUUUCUACUUUGUUACACUUGAAGCAAUCAGUGUUGGCAACAAUAAUAGAAUUGUUUUUAAUGAUUCCUCAGAAGGAGAUUUGGAGGGUAACAUUAUAAUCGAUUCAGGGACUACAUUGACGUUUUUGCCGGAAUCAUUCAACUCUAAAUUGAUCUCAGCUGUUUCAGAAGCCAUUGAUGCUGAGCCUAUCAAAGACUCGAGGGCUGUACUUGAUCUAUGUUACAGUGCGAGGAGUGAUUUGAAUGUUCCAAAUAUAACAGUACAUUUCACUGGUGCGGAUGUGACGUUAAGUCCUUUGAACACAUUCAUCAGAAUUAGUGAGGAAGUUGUUUGUUUCACAUUUAUGGGUGAUAAAGAUGAACGAAGCCUUCCAAUUUACGGUAACUUAGCGCAGACCAAUUUUUUGGUUGGGUAUGAUACUGAGAAAAAGACUGUGUCUUUUAAACCAACCGAUUGCACCAAGGCGUGA